AUGGAAGGCCCCGGGUAUCUCGCAGUAGCCAUCCAACCGGGUCCACAAACAGACGAGACAGCCUUCCACGACUGGUACAACAACGAGCACGGCCCUCUACGACUGCGCCUCCCCUUCAUCCUGAACGGGAAUCGAUACACGGCCGCAGACGACAAGACACCAGCCUGGACCGCCGUCUACGAUGUCUCCGACCUGGCCUGGCUCGACAAGCGCAUCUACACCCGACUGCGCGAGGAGCGCUCGCAACGCGAGAAGCGGGUGAUGAGCACGUUCGAAUCACUGGACCGGAAAAUCUACUCCCUCUAUUCGUCUCACGGUGCAACUGAGAAACCGGCUCCCGUGCAGCACGCUGUUUCCAUCAGGCUCCACGAAUCCGGGGUUGCGGAGUGGGACAAGUGGUACGAAGAAGAACAUAUCGACAUGAUUUCCAAAGUUCCCGGGUGGCUUCGAUCGCGGCGCUUCAAACUGGUCGUAGGCGGACUGAAUGGUAUGCCUCCCGCAGGCCAGCUCGAGUUCCUGGCGGUACAUGACUACACGGCGCAAAACGGAAUCAACGGUGCAGAGCUUCAAAACGCACAGAACACGCCUUGGCGAGAGAAUAUCAGGAAGCACGUCGUCUCUCGCGAACUCCGGCACUGGAAGCACUACCACACCUUCUAUCCGUUGAACGAGCAGCCGUCAUCAGUCACCACCACCGACGGAGCGCAGCUGCGCUUCCAACUUGAAGGCGAUCCGCAGGCGCCCGUAAUCGUCUUCGUCAACUCCAUCCUGACCACACUCCACAUCUGGGACGGCGUGGCCAAAGCCCUUCUUCAAGGCGUCAACGGCAAAUCCUAUCGUGUUCUCCGCUACAAUGCAAGAGGGUAUUCCCAGCAAGACGCCAAGAGCAAUCCCACCCGCUUCGACCUACUCGCGGACGACCUCGAGUACCUUCUCCAACGCCUCAACAUCGAAAAGGCACACGCAGUCGUAGGCGUCAGCAUGGGUGGCGUCACCAGCAUCAAUUUCGCCAUCCGCCAUCCAGACAUGCUGGACAAAUUCGUCGCCUGCGACUGCAAUGUCGCCGCUGGAGCAGCGAACAACAAGGCCUGGGAUGAACGCAUUGAACUCGCGCGAUCAAAAGGCAUGGAUGCGUUGGCGGACGUGACGGUCAAAAGAUGGUUCACUGAAGCCAAUCACGGCUCAGCGAAUGCAAAGAAGACGCAAGAAAUGGUUGCAGACGCCAAUCUCGAUGGCUUCGCGCAGAACGCUGGCGCACUUUGCAACUACGAUCUCAAAGAUUCGUUGGCGAGUAUCAAGGCCCCGGGACUGUUGAUUGCGGGGGAGGGAGACGGAAAGCUGCCAGAGGUGAUGCAAGGCUUUGGCAUCCCGAAUACCACUUUCAAGGCGAUUCCGAAUGCCGGCCAUUUGCCUAUGCUGGAGAACCAUGAGGCGUUUAUGGAGGCUUUGGCGGCCUUUCUUUGA